GCCGGGCCACAGAUCUCACUACUUGCCGGAUCGGGCAAUGGUCAUUGGGAUGGUAACAAACACUGUCGACUCAUGCGGAAUUAAUAAAUGUCUCUUCCCGUGUACCAUGUACCGUCAAUUAGUGCUCAAAUUACUACUAGCUAUUCGGCUUCCCACAAUUAAUUCGAGAAAAACAAAAACCUCGCUCUACUCGGUCUAGCCAAUCAUGACAUUGACAGCAGCUUCACGCAGCCUUCAGCCACAAUGUGGUACCAAAAACGACCCUCUAAGAGUUCUUGCUGUUGGAGCAGGAAUUGGCGGUCUUACUGCAGCCAUUGGAUUGAGAGAAGAGGGACACAAGGUGACUGUCUUUGAACGCUCUGCAUUGGCCCAGGAAACCGGCGCUGCUAUGCAUCUGGCCCCAAACUGUCACGGCCUCCUGCAGAAGUAUGACAUUUUCCCAGAGACGUUUGGGGCCAACAAAAACAACGGCAUCAUAGAGUUUGAUCAUGAAGGAAAUCUCCGCAUGUCCAAAGACCUGAGAGACGAGAAUACCAAGUGGCCAUACACUUGGGUUCUUUGCUACCGCGUGCAUCUCCAUGAAGCUCUUAAGGGAGCAGCGACUUCUCAAAAACGACAAGGUGACCCGGUGGUAUUAGCAACUUCCAGCCCGGUCGCGUCUGUCGAUGUCAGCACCACAACCGUCACUCUUGAAGACGGAUCAUCCUUUUCGGGGGAUUUAAUCUUGGGAGCCGACGGAGUCAGCUCAGUAACAAGAAACGCAGUAGUUGGGGAUGCAAUCAAGCCCUUUGGCUCAGGAAAGGCGGCAUUCCGUUUUUUGAUUCCAAAGCAAAAGAUGGUGGAAGACCCCGAGCUACGAAAAUUGGUACAAGAUGAUGGUUUUAUGAUCAUGUGGUUUGGUAUAGAUAGACGCCUUGUCAUGUAUCCUUGCGUCAACAAUACCGUAAUGAACUUGGUCGCGAUGCACCCAUCUGACCUUUCAAAAUCUGACGGAGAAGGUUUUAACCACCGCGGUAGCAAGCAAAACCUUCUCGACAUAUAUGCCAAUUUCUGCCCGACCGUCCAGACUCUUCUGGAUUUAGUGGAUGAAAGCUCGUUGAAGCUAUGGACUCUACUGGACAUGGAUCGAAUUCCGGCCUGGGUAAAGAACAAAGUAGCUCUACUAGGGGAUGCAGUGCACCCAUUCCUUCCAUAUCAGGGCCAAGGAGGCGGUGUAGCAAUUGAAGAUGCAGCAACCAUAUGCGCCCUGUUCCCGCGAAACGUCUCGAAAGACGAAAUUGAAGGUCGAUUAAAGCUCUAUGAACAGAUCAGGGACGAUAGAGCUCAUCGGAUCCAAGAUUUCACCAGGUGGGCAGGACGGGAUCUGGAUGAUCAUGAUGAUCGAUUUGACACCACCAAGUUCUCUCAUUACAAUUUCAGUUAUGAUGCAUGGAGCAGUUCAAAGGAGGCAUUGAAAACUUGGCUUGUCGGAGCAGCGGCACAAAUUCCCAAAAUCUCUCAGGGGCAACACGAAGGUAGCAUCCAGACUACGUAGGUUAGGGAUAGAC